AUGGGGAUACAAAACAAGUUGUGGGGGCACAUCCACAUCCAGCUGGGACAUCUCAUGCGGAAGGUAAGGCCAAUCACAACAUUUUCAUCGAGGAUAAAGGAAUUCAUUCUCAUCUUCAAUUCACAUUCAUUCACUCUAUUGGCAGCUGGCUCGGACUUUUCGGGUAAUGGACUCAAUGAACACGAUGCACUGCCGCCGGCUACCAUGAACGUUGUCUUCAUGGCGUUCUUGCGAGACUCAAGGGCAUCGUCAUCCUGGGGCACACGGCUUUGGCCUCCACGAAACCAGCAACAUGGAAAAACUUGUGGGAAACUGUGCUCGUAA